CGGGUGUGGCUCCCGGAGGCUCGCCUGGCCAUGGCUUCCUCCAAUCCUUGGGAUCCCGUGCAGCCCACGGCGGCGGGACUGAUGUUGGCGCGGACUCUCUCCGCGGGAAUGGUGUCUCAGGGGACUCUAGAUAUAUGUAGAAAACCAUCUGCUUGUUUUACUUAUGCCUCCGAAGCAGAACAAAUUGCUGAUCUCCAAGCUGAAGUCAGCCGGAUUAAUUUGGAGACCGAAGCCCUGCAAAUGGAAAAAGAUACAGCAGACAUUACUCAUCCAUUUUAUCUUACUCAGAGGUGCCAGGCUUUGCAAGCAAUGAACAGGCACCUGGAUGCAGUGCUAAAGGAUAAAAGAACUCUGAGGCAAAGGCUAGUUAAACCACUGUGUCGAGAAAGUCUGCCUAUAGAAGCUGCCUUCCACAGAGAUGUGGUAGAAUUGCUGGCACUGGCAGUAUCUUUUAUUGAAAAAUUAGAAACCCACUUACUUACUAUAAGAAAAAUCCCUGAAAUACCUGAAAACAUUAGAAAUAUGAGGAGUGCAUUAGAAAAGAUGUAUUUAUUGGUAACAGAGACAGAAGAACUGGCAGAACAAAUCUUGGAGUGGAGAGAGAAACAAAAAGGAAUCUUUGAGAAUACGCAACUGAUUGGUGGAUUAGAUUCUUUUUUCAAAAGUAUACGAUAAUACAUUUAUUUUUCUAUUUUUCCAUUCCAAGGCUAGUUUAACAAUUUUGUGGGAUUAAUAAAAUACACAUACACAUUUUAUUCAUGCUUUCAUUUGUAACUGCAUUUGCAUUAGAUUCUGAAAUGAAAUUUAUAUAUGAAAAUAGUGUUGUAUGGAAACUGGUGACAUAUGUUAAAUUACUGAGAAUUUCUCUUAAGUGCCUGAGGAAUGUUUUAAUGAAAGGUUGACACUGACUUAAAUAACAUCUCUUUUAGGUAUGUAUGUUAUUUAUACCAAGAAAAUAAAACAAAUUUUAAA